UAUCCGUGUGUUGGGGCUUUUGGGGGCCUUGGAUCCCUAUAAGCACAAAGUCAACAUCGGCAUGAUCGACCAGUCCCGGGAUGCUUCUGCUGUCAGCCUGUCAGAAUCCAAGUCCAGCCAGGAUUCCUCUGACUACAGCACCAGUGAAAUGCUGGUCAACAUGGGAAACCUGCCCCUGGACGAGUUCUACCCCGCCGUGUCCAUGGUGGCGCUGAUGCGGAUCUUCCGGGACCAGUCCCUUUCUCACCAUCACACCAUGGUUGUCCAGGCCAUCACCUUCAUCUUCAAGUCCCUGGGGCUCAAGUGUGUGCAGUUCCUGCCCCAGGUCAUGCCCACAUUCCUGAAUGUCAUUCGGGUCUGCGACGGGGCCAUCCGGGAAUUUCUGUUCCAACAGCUGGGAAUGUUGGUGUCAUUUGUGAAGAGCCACAUCAGACCUUAUAUGGAUGAAAUCGUCACCCUUAUGAGAGAGUUCUGGGUCAUGAACACCUCAAUCCAGAGCACGAUCAUUCUUCUCAUUGAGCAAAUUGUGGUAGCUCUUGGGGGUGAAUUUAAGCUCUACCUGCCUCAGCUGAUUCCACACAUGUUGCGCGUCUUCAUGCAUGAUAACAGCCCAGGCCGCAUCGUCUCCAUCAAGUUGCUGGCUGCAAUCCAGCUGUUUGGCGCCAACCUGGAUGACUAUCUACAUUUGUUGUUGCCCCCUAUCGUGAAGUUGUUUGAUGCCCCUGAAGUUCCACUGCCAUCUCGAAAGGCAGCCUUAGAGACAGUGGACCGCCUGACGGAGUCCCUGGAUUUCACCGACUAUGCCUCCCGGAUCAUUCACCCAAUUGUUCGGACGCUGGACCAGAGCCCAGAACUGCGCCCCACAGCCAUGGACACGCUGUCUUCACUCGUCUUUCAGCUUGGGAAGAAGUACCAAAUUUUCAUUCCAAUGGUGAAUAAAGUUCUGGUGCGACACCGAAUCAACCAUCAGCGCUAUGAUGUCCUCAUCUGCAGGAUUGUCAAGGGCUACACCCUUGCCGAUGAAGAGGAGGACCCUUUGAUUUACCAGCAUCGAAUGCUGAGGAGUGGCCAGGGGGAUGCAUUGGCUAGUGGGCCAGUGGAAACAGGACCCAUGAAGAAACUGCACGUCAGCACCAUCAACCUCCAAAAGGCCUGGGGAGCUGCCAGAAGGGUCUCCAAAGAUGACUGGCUGGAAUGGCUGAGGCGGCUAAGCCUGGAGCUGUUAAAGGACUCCUCGUCGCCCUCCCUGCGCUCAUGCUGGGCCCUGGCUCAGGCCUACAACCCUAUGGCCAGGGAUCUCUUCAAUGCUGCAUUUGUGUCCUGCUGGUCUGAACUGAAUGAAGACCAACAGGAUGAACUCAUCAGAAGCAUCGAGUUGGCCCUCACCUCACAGGACAUCGCUGAAGUCACACAAACCCUCUUGAACUUGGCUGAAUUCAUGGAACACAGUGACAAGGGCCCCCUGCCACUGAGAGACGACAAUGGCAUUGUUUUGCUGGGUGAGAGGGCUGCUAAGUGCCGAGCAUACGCCAAAGCGCUACACUACAAAGAACUGGAGUUCCAGAAAGGUCCCACCCCUGCCAUCCUAGAGUCUCUCAUCAGCAUUAAUAAUAAGCUACAGCAGCCGGAGGCAGCUGCCGGGGUGUUAGAAUAUGCCAUGAAACACUUCGGAGAGUUGGAGAUCCAGGCUACCUGGUACGAGAAACUGCACGAGUGGGAGGACGCCCUUGUAGCCUAUGAUAAGAAAAUGGACACCAACAAGGAUGACCCAGAGCUGAUGCUGGGCCGCAUGCGCUGCCUCGAGGCCUUGGGGGAAUGGGGGCAGCUCCAUCAGCAGUGCUGUGAAAAGUGGACCCUGGUUAACGAUGAGACCCAAGCCAAGAUGGCCCGAAUGGCUGCUGCAGCUGCAUGGGGGUUAGGUCAGUGGGACAGCAUGGAAGAGUACACCUGUAUGAUCCCUCGGGAUACUCAUGAUGGGGCAUUUUAUAGAGCUGUGCUGGCAUUACAUCAGGACCUCUUCUCCCUGGCACAACAGUGCAUUGACAAAGCCAGGGACCUGCUGGAUGCAGAGCUAACGGCCAUGGCAGGAGAGAGCUACAGCCGGGCAUAUGGGGCCAUGGUUUCUUGCCAUAUGCUCUCCGAGCUGGAGGAGGUCAUCCAGUACAAACUUGUCCCCGAGCGACGAGAGAUCAUCCGCCAGAUCUGGUGGGAGAGACUGCAGGGCUGCCAGCGCAUCGUGGAGGACUGGCAGAAAAUCCUCAUGGUGCGGUCCCUUGUGGUCAGCCCCCACGAGGACAUGAGGACCUGGCUCAAGUAUGCAAGUCUGUGUGGCAAGAGCGGCAGGCUGGCUCUUGCUCAUAAAACCUUAGUGUUGCUCCUGGGAGUCGAUCCGUCUCGGCAGCUUGACCAUCCUCUGCCAACAGUUCACCCUCAAGUGACCUACGCCUACAUGAAAAACAUGUGGAAGAGUGCUCGCAAGAUUGAUGCCUUCCAGCACAUGCAGCACUUCGUUCAGACCAUGCAGCAGCAGGCCCAGCAUGCCAUCGCCACCGAGGACCAGCAGCACAAGCAAGAGCUGCACAAGCUCAUGGCCCGUUGUUUCCUGAAACUUGGGGAGUGGCAGCUGAACCUCCAGGGCAUCAACGAGAGCACCAUCCCCAAAGUCCUGCAGUAUUACAGCGCUGCCACGGAGCACGACCGCAGCUGGUACAAGGCCUGGCACGCGUGGGCAGUGAUGAAUUUCGAAGCCGUGCUGCACUACAAACACCAGAACCAGGCCCGGGACGAGAAGAAGAAGCUGCGUCACACCAGUGGGGCCAACAUCACCAGUGCGGCCACAGCCGCCACCACGGCGGCCACGGCCACCGCCACUGCCACCAGCACCGAGGGCAGCAACAGCGAGAGCGAGGCCGAGAGCAGCGAGAACAGCCCGACGCCCUCUCCCCUGCAGAAGAAGGUCACUGAGGACUUGUCCAAAACCCUCUUGAUGUACACUGUCCCUGCCGUCCAGGGCUUCUUCCGUUCUAUCUCCUUGUCACGAGGCAACAACCUCCAGGAUACGCUCAGAGUUCUCACCUUAUGGUUUGAUUAUGGUCACUGGCCAGAUGUAAAUGAAGCCUUGGUGGAAGGGGUGAAAGCAAUCCAGAUUGACACUUGGUUACAGGUUAUACCUCAGCUUAUUGCAAGAAUUGAUACACCCAGGCCCUUGGUGGGACGUCUCAUUCACCAGCUUCUCACAGACAUUGGUCGGUACCACCCCCAGGCACUCAUCUACCCCCUGACUGUGGCUUCUAAGUCGACCACCACAGCCCGUCACAACGCAGCCAACAAGAUUCUGAAGAACAUGUGUGAGCACAGUAACACCUUGGUGCAGCAGGCCAUGAUGGUGAGUGAGGAGCUGAUCCGAGUGGCCAUCCUCUGGCAUGAGAUGUGGCACGAAGGCCUGGAGGAAGCUUCUCGUUUGUACUUUGGGGAGAGGAACGUGAAAGGCAUGUUUGAGGUGCUGGAGCCCCUGCACGCCAUGAUGGAACGAGGACCCCAGACUCUGAAGGAAACCUCCUUUAACCAGGCAUAUGGUCGGGAUUUAAUGGAGGCCCAAGAGUGGUGCCGGAAAUACAUGAAAUCGGGGAAUGUCAAGGACCUCACCCAAGCCUGGGACCUCUAUUAUCACGUGUUCAGACGAAUCUCAAAGCAGCUGCCACAGCUCACAUCCUUAGAGCUGCAGUAUGUUUCCCCCAAACUUCUGAUGUGCCGUGACCUUGAGUUGGCUGUGCCAGGAACCUAUGACCCCAACCAGCCGAUCAUUCGCAUUCAGUCCAUAGCACCAUCUCUGCAAGUCAUCACGUCCAAGCAGAGGCCCCGGAAGUUGACACUUAUGGGCAGCAACGGGCACGAGUUUGUCUUCCUCCUGAAGGGCCAUGAAGACCUGCGGCAGGACGAACGAGUGAUGCAGCUCUUCGGCCUGGUCAACACCCUUCUGGCCAACGACCCAACCUCUCUCCGGAAAAACCUCAGCAUCCAGAGAUACGCAGUCAUUCCCUUAUCAACCAACUCGGGCCUCAUCGGCUGGGUCCCCCACUGUGACACGCUGCACGCCCUCAUCCGGGACUACAGGGAGAAAAAGAAGAUCCUUCUCAACAUUGAGCAUCGCAUCAUGUUGCGGAUGGCUCCAGACUACGAUCACCUGACUCUGAUGCAGAAGGUAGAGGUGUUUGAGCACGCUGUCAAUAACACAGCGGGGGACGACCUGGCCAAGCUGCUGUGGCUGAAAAGCCCCAGCUCCGAGGUGUGGUUUGAUCGAAGAACCAAUUACACCCGCUCUUUAGCAGUCAUGUCCAUGGUCGGGUAUAUUUUGGGCCUGGGAGAUAGACACCCAUCCAACCUGAUGCUGGACCGGCUGAGUGGGAAGAUCCUGCACAUUGACUUUGGGGACUGCUUUGAGGUUGCUAUGACCAGAGAGAAAUUUCCAGAAAAGAUUCCGUUUAGACUAACGAGAAUGUUGACCAACGCUAUGGAGGUUACCGGUCUGGAUGGCAACUACAGAAUCACGUGCCACACAGUGAUGGAAGUUCUUCGGGAACACAAGGAUAGUGUCAUGGCUGUGCUGGAAGCCUUUGUCUACGACCCCUUGCUGAACUGGAGGCUGAUGGACACAAAUACCAAAGGCAACAAGCGAUCCCGAACAAGGACAGAUUCCUACUCUGCUGGCCAGUCCGUAGAAAUUUUGGAUGGUGUGGAACUUGGGGAACCAGCCCAUAAGAAAACGGGGACCACAGUGCCAGAAUCUAUUCAUUCUUUCAUUGGAGAUGGCCUGGUCAAACCUGAGGCCCUAAAUAAGAAAGCUAUUCAAAUUAUUAACAGAGUUCGAGAUAAGCUCACUGGUCGGGACUUCUCUCAUGAUGAAACGUUGGAUGUCCCAACACAAGUUGAGCUGCUCAUCAAACAAGCAACGUCCCAUGAAAACCUCUGCCAGUGCUACAUUGGCUGGUGUCCUUUCUGGUAACCAGAGGCCCAGACAUGCCCCCAGCAUUUCUCUUGAGCCUUUUGAACUUUGGUAUAUGCUUCCACUAAACUGCAACCCUGGUCAGAAAGCUCAACUUUGUUAAAUAUUUUGAAAUGUAAAUGAAAAGAACUACUGUAUAUUAAAAGUUGGUUUGAACCAACUUUCUAGCUGCUGUUGAAGAAUAUAUUGUCAGAAACACAAGGCUUGAUUUGGUUCCCAGGACAGUAAACACAGUUAAUACUAAUCAAGCCAUUUAUUUGGGGGAACAGAAGAUCCAUAACUUAGAAAUACGGGUUUUGACUUAACUCACAACUCAUCAUAAGUGUUUGCUAAUAGCAGAAUGGCCUAGUCGUUCCUCUCAGCACGAAUACAGCAAACUCAGAGCAGCCAAGAAGCCUCAGGUUGUGGAGGACACGUCUUAGGAUUCUGGACCAUAAGGAAGCAGGAGAAGCCGCCUUCUUCACUUUCACCCAUCCCGUUACCUCACUGGUCCGUGGACAGCAGCAACAAUAUUUGCAAGAUGGGCCAAAAUGGGUGGGAAAAGGUCCGUCUUCUGCCUCACCCGUGAUGCUGCGAUGUACACACUUCAAUCCAAGACCCAGACCACUAGGAGGGAAGUUUCUUCAGAUGACUGGGUGCCCUCAGCUGAAUACAUGCACAGAGGGGAUCUCAGUGCAGUGGAGUGGCCCACAUGGGCCUUCCCCAGCCAGUUGUGGGAUGUUUUCAGUGAGGUCUGAAUGCUGUGUUUAGAGCAGGGGCUUGGAAAACAGAAGUGCUGUCAUGGAGGUGCUGUACACAGAGAAGGAAGGCCUAGUUACAUGUUGGGAAUUCUGAGCAAAAGAAAAGUUAAAACUAAAUGCACAAAGUAUAAAAUGUAGCCGUGUCUAGACACCAUGUUGUAUCUGAAUAAUUUUUGUGCCAAUAAAUGACAUCAGAAUUUUAAAAAUGUA